AUGUCGACUCAAUCGCACACCCCGUUACCCCAGGUUGGGAAGCUCGUGAGCGUGGUUCCCGUUGGUCUCAAAGAGGCUGCACUCGACUCACCGACCUUCCGCGCGACCACUCUCCACUUCUGCGACCAGAUCGAAUUCAUUGAGAGAUGGCUCGAUGGGUAUGCCAAAGCUGCGGCGAAGCUCGCCUCCGAGGUGGUGGCUAUGGAGAGUGUUGUUAAUAGCUUCCUCUCCUACUCCAACCCACUGGUCGUUUCCGAGGCCGUCGUCGACCAUGAUUAUACGCUGUUGGCAAUGAGGAGGAGCGGAGAAGGGUCGAAGGAUCUCUGGAAUGGAUUGGUGACGGCGACCAAGAAGAUGGAGUCGCUAAUUGCCGAGCCUAUCCGUGUGUUUAUCAGCGAAGACUUGCGGUAUUUUAAGGAAAACCGUCGAGCCCUGGAGCACGCCCAGAAGCAGUACGACUAUUUACAAGCCCGAUAUGCCUCGCAGUCAAAGUCAAAAGAAGCUUCCGCCUUGAGGGAAGAAGCGUUCCAGCUCCACGAGGCUCGUAAAGCAUACCUGAGAGCAUCCUUGGACUUUUCCGUGCAGGCCCCUCAAGUGCGCAAUGCGCUUGAUCGACUCCUAGUUCGAGUCUCCUUUGAUCAAUGGCGAGAGUUCCGUCUGUUCCAUAACAACAACAGCUCGACCUUCUCAAAGUGGUCGGGCGAGAUGGAUCGUAUCAAGGGCUGGGUUCACGAGAUGGAAGGGAGUGACCGAUCUGCCAAGCGUGAGCUUCUAGCUACGAGAAAACAGAUUGAAGAGGCUGCAGAAGUGGUGGCCCGUCCUCCCCGCGAACUCGAGGACUAUUCAAUCUCCACUGUCCCGUACCUCGGCUCCCGACCUCUAUCUACGCUGAACAUGGGCAAGGAGAUUAGACCAGAGAAGCAAGGGUGGCUUAACCUGCGGACUCUUUCAGGCAGACCCAGCCGCACGGUCUGGGUGAGGCGUUGGGCCUUCCUCAAGCAUGGUAUCUUUGGAUGUCUUGUACAAGGCUCACGCACCGGUGGCGUUGAAGAGAGUGAGCGAAUUGGUGUGCUCCUUUGCAGCAUUCGCCCUGCGUUCCAGGAAGAGCGACGGUUCUGUUUCCAAGUGAAGACCAAGAACAACAGCAUCAUUCUCCAGGCUGAGACUCAAAAGGAGUUAAUGGAGUGGAUCGGCGCAUUCGAAGCCGCUAAGCAGAAGGCUUUGGAAAACCCCACCAGCACUGAUCUGUCGAUUUCAGGGAAGGUUACUGUUCAAGACCCUGCUUUCUCGAUAUCCCAGCCUCCUGCACCGGAAUUUACUGCCGACCCAAGCGAAUCUCUCACUCCACACCCGAGUGAUGAACAAUCUCAUUCUGAACGGAGCUCGACCCUUCCAGUUCCAGACCGUGAUGGGCUUGCCAUGCGAAACAGUACCGACAUGAGCGGUCGAAGACUCACCGGCCUGGAUGGAGAAUCUUCCGCUCGUGAACAUGCCAGGGAGCACACGUCUAGGAUUAUUCAAAAGUUGGAUCUUCACCGCAAGUCCAACAACGCUGCUCCCGCAUCUCCAUCGAUUCCCGGCCCUGCGAGUGGUAUUGCUAGUCUCAUUUCUGCUAGCCACAAUCUCCUCCCUUACGGAGGCGCCGCAGCUGCCAGUGUUAGAGAUGGCGAGGGCAAUCGAGGUCGCAGCUCGAGCAGCCUGGAGGAGCCCGGCAGUAGCCUCGCCCCUGCCACUCUUGCUAAUCCACCGGCGCCUACAAGCAUGAGUAAGGCUGCAGUCGUGGUGAGUAGCGAACGAGGAAUCGGACUUGGCCUUGUCGACAGCACGGGUGGAAUGCCUAGUGGUAUGAUGGCCAAUCUGUGGGGCAGCUCCAAUUGGGGAUUCAUCAACAAGUUCCAGCGGGAACAGCCUUAUUUGAAUGGUGAUCAUCCGGAUACCACAAAUGAAGGUCGCCCGGCAUCUGUGAUGAGCGAUUCUGAUAAGCAGAAUGUUGCUGCCCAAACAGACCUUCAAAGUACAUCCAAAACACACUGGCAACCGCCGUCUGGCCCGCGUCAUCGACAAACCGUCAGCCUCGACGGAGAGGAUGCAUCCAAGAUUCAGCGAGCUGCACGAGCUAUUGUCGCUGAACCUGAGUAUCCCAGCAUCUAUCCACAACAAUUGAAGAUUCAGGAUGCCCAAUUCCGAUUGUUCUUCCCUGAUGUCAAGAAAGAGGAGCCGUUGGUCUUGGUUUUCAGGGCCACAUGGAGCCCAAACGAGCAACAAGAAUUCCCGGGCAGAGCUUAUGUAACAACACGCAGCAUUUAUUUCUACAGUCACCACUUUGGUUUGGUCCUGACUACUAGUGCCGCUUUGGACAACAUCAAGGAGGUGACUGCUGCUUCUGGGCGUGACUGCGAUUUCCUCUUCCUUCACACCAUCCCUCCGAUUGGCAGCGAUACUCCUGGCCGAAUUACGAUCAAGACCUUCCUUGAGCCUCUGCGACUCCUCCAGAAACGUCUUAACUUCUUGAUCCAAUCUUCCAUUGCCGUCCAGCAGAUGACUCUGGAAGGUAUUCUCAGAGAGCUUAUCAAGAUGGACACUGGUUCUCCAGCUCGACCGUCUAGUGCAGACAGUUGGGAAGACGCUCCAUCAGGGCCUGACGUUAAGAAUGGCCAUGAUAUUCAUCUUCCUAUAUACAUCGACAAAGAUCUAGAUAUCGAUGGAGGCAAGGGUGGCCGUGGUAAAGAUCAUCCGAGAUUCAGACUACCCACCCAACCUGUGGAGUAUGUUCCUCAAGGUGAUCUUGUUCUGGCAGCGGAGAAGAUACUCGAAGUUAGCCCGAAGGCACUCUUCCAUAUUCUGUUUGGUGAUAAGAGUGCAGUAUGGCAGCUGUUGCUCCAUGAACGAGAAGCUCGGGAGAUUAAACAAGGACCAUGGGCCAGCACGGAAGCACGGCAUCUUCGCAGAGACUUCCAUUAUCAGAUCGAGACGACAGAUAUCUUCGGACGAUCCUGCAACAAUGCCAUCUCGGAUUAUCAGAUCAUCGAUGUGCUUAAUGAUCAUCUCUGUUACGUGGUUACUGACAAACGAACUCCGUGGCAUCUCCCCCUUCGUCGCUCAUUCCGUCUUGUGAGUAAGGUUGUGAUCACCUUUGUGGCCAAAUCCAAGAGCAAGCUUGCCAUUUACACCAAGGUCGAGUGGCUGAAGUCACCCUACGGCCUUAAAAAUAUUAUUGACAAGCGAGCGGGCGCCGACUUGGAACAGGAUGCUUUGGAUCUCGUGGAUUUGGUGAGCGACCAAGUACGUCGCCUGGGUGCACACAGUCGUACCAAGAAAGCCAUCACCAUCUUCGGCCAUGUUGGCCGCCAGAGUAACGUGACCCAAUUCACAGGCGCCGGAGGGAAUUUGAAACUGGAAACGCGCAAGCGCACUCAGCGCACCAUGCCACACCUUGUCAUGGAGACAGUCCUAUCAUUCCUAGAAAGCGCGCUAUCAUUCUUGAUACAAUCCUCCUUUGGCCUUGUCGGCUGGACUUUGAAGACUCUAAGCGCGCACCGGGUCAUCUUGAUCUUGCUAGUAACGAGUGCUCUCAUGAACGGCUUCUAUACCUCCAGAGAUGGUUGGGACUGGUGGCACGAGCGGCAUGCUAGCAUUUUCAUGGCCAGGCUUGGUGUUCAACCAAAUUUGGUCAUGAGCAAGGCUAUCUACCUCCGAGACAUCGACGAAGCAGUCGCCAACUCGACUAUUUGGCCUCAGAACGGGAGCACCAGCACAUGCUUUGGCGCAUUCAAUGAGCAUAGCAUGCGUUACGCUGAGCUUCCUCUCUCCCUGAGUACAUCAAAUCCGCGCGACGCAGUCGCCAAGAGCGCAACUAAGCGUUUUUUGCAAACUCGAGAGCGCCUUGGAAUGUACAGACAUAACCUCCUGGUUGCUCUGCGUGUGGUGAACAGUAUCGAAAAGGAAGUGAUCCAGAACGAAUGGGAGCGGUGGCUCCGCGAGGAACUGCGCCGCUGUCGCCAAGUCGAGAUUCUUCUUGGCGGAGGCAGCGAUGCUGAAGGCGACACAGCUGCACAGGUUGCCCAGGCGGAACGAAUCUUCGCUGAAAACACAGGCAACAUCAAGGAAUGGUAUGAGCGGUACUGCACCAGUUGUCGUCAGGAGCAGGAACAGGUUCAGCAGAAUGAUCGGGAGAACCUGCUGAUUUGA